AUGACCAUUGAUUUGGAGGAGACGGGGUUCCCCCAAACAGUCCAGGACGUCGAAAGUGUGUUUCUGGAUGACUCCGUCCCCAACUUUCGGAAAGCACUUCAGAAGACUCGGCACCAUGAAAUUAUCAAAUUGACGAUUUCUGCCAAGUUCCCUUAUUCCUUCUUUUCCCCCAUUCCUGCGUAUGGGUGGUAUUUGUGGACGACCUGGACAAAUGUCGUCUGCGUUGCAUACGCCUCCGAUAUUCGUAUGCCACGCUAUUCCUUCAUCCUUCAUACUCCCUUGGCUAAAUGCGUGCGAUGUCCGGAUAGGAUUCAUCGAUUGGUACAGAUUGUUUUCUGCCUCGCUUCUUACAUCCAUAAUUCUUUGGUUCCUUCUCCUCUGGUGUCAAUUCGCCUCUCUGCCCCCCCUGCAACGGAUCUACUGGUGGUGGUCGAGAAGUUCAAUGGGAAUGUUGGGCUCAUAAACCUUCUUACGCCACAGCUCUUCAAGGGUCUACUCCCAGCACAAAUUGCUGCCGCCGAUGAUGGUCUUUCUCUUCCUGAGCCGAUAGAACCAGCCGGAAGCACUGCUCCUUUGGUUCGCGAGUUCAACCUUGAUGUAGCCAAACUACUCCUCCAGAUUUCGGCCGUCGUAUACGAGCGAAGGAGCGAUGCUAUCUACGAGUCCGUCGCGAAAACUCAUAGCGGUACAUUCAAACGGGGGAAACUUGAUGCAGAUUUUCAACACUUCCGCGAAGCCAUUGGUUCAACCUUUACUAAAAUUGAUGAUGCCACCAAGUCGAAACUUGGAUGGAACAAGCGUCGAUGGGUCCGUAAUGAUACUGAUAACGCUACAGGCUUUCGCCUCUUUCUUCUGGAAAGGCGGAGGAAAUUGGAUCGUCGUGGCAUUCAAAGGCACUGGUCCCAUAUUGACUUCCCCGAUUACGUAACUGAUCUGACAUCACGAUUGGUGCAUGCGGAUGAGGUCCUUCCAAAGUUCAAGCGUGAGGACCAGCUCCACAAAGGCUUUAGGGACCGAAUUUGGCCUAAUAAUCUGGUAACUGAUACUGAAAUCCAAGGAAGAAAGAAAUCUUGGGAGCAAAUUAGUAGCUUGAUCGUUAAACUUGCUGAGGAUCUAGUCAAGCAUCAACCCGCGGGUGACAAGAUCAACGUGUGGUUCACUGGACAUUCUCUCGGUUGUGCAUUAGCUGGUCUUGCGUAUACCCGCGCGAUCAACAACUUCGUGGAGGACUUUGGUAAUGCUCCUAUCGUGAUUCGUGAUGCAUACGUAUUUGGCUCUCCUGUUGUUGGUAAUCGUUCUACGUCGCAACGGUUCAAUCAGGUCAUCAAAGGACAAAAGGAGAUAAAGACUUUGUGGAGAGUCACGAAUCACGACGAUCUCGUCGCCACAGGGUGUGUGCCGCGUUUGUUUCUCUUCUUCAUUGGCGAACACAGCGUCGUUUCUAACUGCGCUGCCUUUACUCUUACGACAUGGAUGUUUUGCUCUAGUGGUCCUCAACUCGGUGAUAACCCUAAUUUGCCGCUUACUCCGACGAACCCUGGUGGACUCGCUCAUAUCGGCGCAGAGAUCCGGAUGUUGGAUUAUGACAAGCCCUCUCAUUUCGCUGGUACACUUUACGAUGCGAACACUAUCGUGAGGAUCUGGAGUAAAUUCACCGCGGAAGAUUUGAAGGAACAGCGAGCGCAACAGCUCUUGCAGCAUCCCGACUGGGAGAAGAGGGUGGGUUGGGGCAAUUUUGUCCAGCAGAUUCCAUUGCUUGGGAGGCUCUUUGCCCAUUCAGCAGGUCUUUAUUGGAAUCAGCUGGCCGCUUUGGCUCCGAUUCGCUGUGUGUGGGUGCAGGGCUGGGACCCCGUCGACCCGUUCUCCAAGCUUUAUACCGAAUCUAUCAGUGGAUGA